UCAGUUGCUGACUGUCAAGUGUCCAGUGCAAAGCUCCACAAAGCAAGCAAAAAGUUGAACCUCUGUGAAAGGAACCGUGUGGAAAACCAAUUAAACAAUAUAUUGCACACACAUUAUACAAAGAAAACCAUCUGCCAAUAAUAUAAAUAAAUCGCAAAAUGUACGCGGAAAAAGUUUGUGUCGCACUCGCGUUCAUUGCCUGCCUCGCCUGCAUCGCCGAUGCGGCUGUUUACACUCAGCCCGCGGUCAUCCAUCCUGCGCAUCCCGGCAAAUGCUACGACAAGCUGACCAGACGCUCCAUGCUACCCGACAAGGAGUACAAGCCGAAGGGCAUCUGUGCCGCCAUGACGUGCGACAUUGAGGCGCGUCAGAUCAAUAUCGAGACCUGUCCCUACAUUGAGAUGCCCGGCUGCGAGGAGCUGCCCAGUGACCUCAACUGGAGCUUCCCCAAGUGCUGUCCACAGUUCAAGUGCGUCGACUUUAAGACCGGAAAGGAGUUUGUCGUCUCCGUUUAGAUCCAGAGAGCAACAUACUCUACAUACUCUCUCAUGGGGGAGGGGGCAGUGGUGCCGCGGGUGGGGCCAAACGUGAUUUUACAUGAAAUGUAUUCGUAGUUUUCUAGUUAUUUGACUGUGUGUGUAUGUGUGCUAGUUUGUAAGCCCGUUUGUUUGGUUUUGUGUGAAUGAUUCAUUUAGCAGGCAUAAUUUAUUUAUUAUUCUAAUUUGUACAUAACAAAACGAUUUGCAUUCAUUUCUUGUAAAACUCUUGAUGAUCUUUAAUCAUGUUUCAUGUGUGAACAGUUUUUCUGUGUAUAUACAGAACUAUAUA